AUGCCUCGCAAACCAGCUCCCGCCUACGUGCUAGGCGUCGGCAUGACUAAAUUUAUCAAGCCUCGCGGCAAGGUGGAUUACCAUGAGCUUGGGUUCGAGGCGGGCAUCAAGGCCAUGCUGGACGCCCAGAUCAACUACGACGAUGUCGACCAGGGUGUCGCAUGCUACUGCUACGGCGAUUCCACUUGCGGCCAGCGCGUCUUCUACCAGUUCGGCAUGACCCAGAUCCCCAUAUACAAUGUCAACAACAACUGCUCGACUGGCUCGACGGGUCUGAAUAUGGCCAGGCAAGCCAUCGCCUACGGUGCGGCCGACUGCGUCCUAGUCGUCGGGUUCGAGAAAAUGUCCCCCGGCAGCUUACAAGCAUACUUCAACGACCGCGAGAAUCCUACCUCCACCACCAACGCCAUGAUGAAAGCCACCCGAGGAGUUACAAAUGCUCCGGGCGCCGCUCAGCUCUUUGGUAACGCUGGUCGCGAGUAUAUGGAGAAAUACGGCGCAAAACCAGAAGACUUUGCCGAGAUUGCCCGUGUCAACCACGAGCACAGCAAGAGGAACCCAUACUCCCAGUUCAAAGACGAAUACACCCUAGAACAGAUCAUGAAAUCUCCCAUGAUCCACCCUCCCCUCACAAAACUGCAAUGUUGCCCGACCUCAGACGGCGGUGCCGCUGCGGUUGUCGUCUCUCAAGAAUUCCUUGACAAGCGACCUCACCUCAAGUCCCAAGCUAUCUUGAUCGCCGGCCAAUCACUCGUCACCGACUCGCCAGAGCUCUUCAAUCGCUCUGCCAUAGAUCUCGUUGGGUAUGAUAUGUCCGUUUUCGCCGGUAAACGCGCACUGGCCGAGGCGGGUAUUACUCCCAACGAUGUCCAAGUCGUUGAGGUCCACGACUGCUUCAGCGCCAACGAGAUGUGCGUGAUUGAUGCUUUGGGACUGUGUCCCAAGGGUAAAGCCCAUGAGCUCGUGAGGAAAGGUGAUAUCACAUAUGGCGGGAAAUAUGUCAUCAACCCUUCGGGAGGUCUCAUUUCGAAGGGCCACCCCCUAGGAGCUACCGGUCUCGCCCAAUGCGCCGAGCUCACAUGGCACCUCCGCGGCUGGGCCAACAACCGCACAGUCAAAGACACAAGGUACUGCCUGCAACACAACCUGGGCCUAGGCGGCGCCACGGUGGUGACAGUGUACAAGCGCGCCGACGGCAAGGUCGCAACGCCAGUCUCGGACGCGGAAGUCGGCAGGAUCAACGGCCUGGGCUACAACCCCGCCACCGAGGCCAAGGGCUUCACGACCGAGCAGGUCCGGAGGACGGUCAGCCAGAAGCAGUUUUCCGACUGGGCCGUCCAGGACGUGCAGAGCAGAGUCCAGGCGCGGUUCUAA